GUUGUAGUUGUUGUUUUGUAAAGCGCAAACAGUGUCAAAAAUGGCUUUCUUGAAGACUGUAUGUACCACGAGUACCACUCUAGGACGACGCGCACUGUCUGUUUCUUGUGUGCGAAGUACCACCCAUCAAAACGGGUACAACUUUGAGUUGAACGAUACCCAGAAGGAGUACCAAGCAGUCGCGCGCAAGUUUGCAAGGGAGGAAAUCGCGCCGGUGGCGGCUCACUACGACAAGGCUAACGAGUUUCCACACGAAAUCGUCAAGAAAGCUUGGACUUUGGGUCUGAAUAAUUUAAGCAUUCCCAAACAUUGCGGGGGUCUGGAAGAAAAGGUUUUUAAUUUUUGUCUCAUCCUAGAAGAACUGUCAUGGGGUUGCACCGGGAUAUCCAAUGCCAUCAGUUCGUCAGGUCUAGGGCAAAGCCCGGUGAUCCUUGCCGGUACGAAAGAACAACAAAAGAAGUACCUAGGGCGCCUGGUGGAAGAACCCCUCCUGACUGCGUACUGUGUGACCGAACCCGGCACUGGGUCCGACGUGAACGGAGUGAAAACCCGUGCUAAGAAAAAAGGUUCCUUUUUCGGUUUCUCCAUUUUUUUAUUUUUUGAUUUUUCAAUUUUCCGAUGUUUCAAUUUCAAUUUCCCAAUUUUUAUCCUUUUCAAUUUUACGAUUUCUAAAUAUUUCGAUUUUUCCUACAAUUUCUCUAUUUUUAUCCCCAAAGAAAACGUCCUUCUGGGAGAGGGAGCAGGGUUUAAGAUUGCUAUGGGUGCUUUUGAUAAGACCAGACCACCGGUGGCUUGUGCCGCUACUGGGAUAGCACAACGGUGUUUGGAUGAAGCCACUAAGUACUCUCUAGAGAGGAAAACCUUCGGGGUACCGAUUGCUCACCACCAGGCUAUCGCUUUCAUUCUAGCCGAUAUGGCGAUUGGUGUAGAAACCGCUCGUCUGGCUUGGAUGAAAGCGGCCUGGGAAGCAGACAACGGGAUAAGAAAUAGCUACUCUGCGUCGAUUGCAAAGUCGUACGCUGCGGAUGUUGCCAACAAGAGCGCUUCUGAUGCCGUCCAAGUCUUUGGUGGUGCGGGAUUCAAUAGCGAAUAUCCCGUGGAGAAACUAAUGCGCGAUGCGAAAAUCUACCACAUCUACGAAGGUACCACCCAAAUCCAGAAACUCGUGGUUUCAAGAAGCGUGAUCGACUCCACGAAGAGUGUGGCUUAAGUGUUGUAUUAUGGUUACAGAAUAAAGUUUCUAUUUUUUUUA